AUGUCAGGUGAAGAAGUAUUCAUUGGUUCCAUCGAUCAAGGUACAACCAGCACAAGAUUCAUCAUCUAUGACGGCUCUGCUUCUCCCAUUGGAUCCCACCAAGUUGAAUUCACCCAGUUCUAUCCACAAUCAGGAUGGGUGGAGCAUGAUCCAAUGGAAAUUCUCGAGAGUGUGAGAGUGUGCAUAGCAAAGGCUGUUGAUAAGGCCACUGCUGCUGGCCACAAUGUUGACAAUGGAUUGAAAGCCAUUGGUUUGACCAAUCAGAGAGAGACAACUGUUGUUUGGAGCAAAUCUACUGGGCUCCCUCUCUACAAUGCCAUUGUUUGGAUGGAUGUCCGUACCAGUUCAAUAUGCAGAAAAUUGGAGAAAGAGUUACCUGGGGGAAGAACUCAUUUUGUUGAGACGUGUGGUUUGCCCAUAAGCACUUAUUUCAGUGCACUGAAGCUGUUGUGGUUGUUGGAAAAUGUGGAUGCUGUAAAGGAAGCCGUGAAGAAGGGAGAUGCCUUGUUUGGAACUAUUGAUACCUGGUUGAUUUGGAACUUGACAGGAGGGACAGAUAAUGGUUUACAUGUAACUGACAUGUCAAAUGCUUCGAGAACUAUGUUGAUGAACCUUAAGACACUAGAUUGGGAUAAAGCCACUUUGGAUGCAUUGGGAAUUCCUGCUGAGCUUCUGCCAAAAAUUGUUAGUAAUGCCGAGAUAAUUGGAAACAUUGGCAAGGGAUGGCCAAUUACUGGGAUCCCGAUAUCUGGAUGUUUGGGUGAUCAACAUGCAGCUAUGGUAGGACAGGCUUGCCGGAAAGGCGAGGCUAAAAGCACCUAUGGAACAGGGGCGUUUAUACUUCUCAAUACGGGCGAGGAGGUAAUUAAGUCAAAUCAUGGGCUACUGAGCACUUUGGCAUAUAAGCUUGGGCCGAAAGCUCCCACCAACUAUGCUCUAGAGGGUUCCAUUGCCAUUGCUGGAGCAGCUGUUCAGUGGCUGAGGGACAGCCUUGGCGUAAUUAAGAGUGCAAGUGAGAUUGAAGAGCUGGCUUUGCAGGUUGAUUCAACAGGAGGAGUUUAUUUUGUUCCAGCUUUCAAUGGAUUGUUUGCCCCAUGGUGGCGUGAUGAUGCUCGAGGAGUUUGUAUUGGGAUCACAAGGUUUACAAACAAAUCUCAUAUUGCUCGAGCCGUUCUUGAGAGCAUGUGCUUUCAGGUGAAAGAUGUCUUGGAUUCAAUGAACAAGGAUGCAGGGGAAAAAGGUGAAUCUAAGAAUGCUAAGGGGGAAUUCUUACUUAGAGUGGAUGGUGGUGCAACAGUUAACAAUCUUCUGAUGCAAAUUCAGGCGGACAUUUUAGGUACCCCGGUAAUAAGACCAGCUGAUAUAGAGACAACAGCCCUUGGAGCUGCCUAUGCUGCUGGAUUAGCAGUCGGCGUUUGGACAGAAAACGAGAUAUUUUCUUCAGGUGAAAAGAUGAAAAAAGCCACAACUUUCCACCCCAUUUUAGCCGAAGAACUCAGGAAGAAUAAAGUGGCAUCCUGGUGCAAAGCGGUCGAAAGGACUUUCGACCUGGCUGAUCUUUCUCUGUAA